AUGGCUGCACACAAUCUCCACCCGGGGAAGCGACUCCCCGCCCCCGCCGUCCAUUCCUACUCGACAUCCCAAUCUCAGCCUUCUUCUCUGGUUGAUAGAAUCACGUCAAAGCCCUUUUCUUCGCGCUCCCGUCUCCGAAUAUCACUUGCAUUUAACUAUUCCAAUCUCUACCGCUUUCUAAUCGUCAUCGGCUUGCUCUCUACAGCUUCUUUUCUGCUUUCUCAUUACUCUUCCUACAUUCUAUCAGAGCCCUCCCUUUUCAUCCCGUCACUUCUUCAUUUGUCACAACAUACUCGCCGCGUUGCGAAAAGGACUCUUCGGCUCUACCAACGCCAGCUCCAUUUGCAUCCACUCUUGUCUAGAGCUAUUACUGCCGGUGUCAUUUUCUUUAUUGCCGACUUCCUCGCUCAGGUUCUCAACCGCCGCGCAAACCCGAAACCCCCAGCCUUCUCGUUCACUCGCCUACUCCGCUACACAGUUUAUGGUCUCAUCGCGAUGGGUCCGUUUUUGUACCUGUGGUACGCCUUGAUGAAUGAGUAUGGACCCGAAGAUGACAUUUCUGGUUCUUUGAUCAAAUGCAUCUUUGAACAAAUCACGCUGGAACCUAUCUGUAUUUCUAUGUACAUUAUCUAUGAUGGCUUUGUCUGCCGCCGCGGUUGGAGCCCCGUUCGCAAGGCACUUGACGCCCAAUUCUUUCCGCUCUGGUUCAAGAACGCUGUUUUUUGGCUCCCUGCAAAUUUUGCUAAUUACUACAUCGGCACUCCAGAUCUUAGAGUCGUCUUUGCGAACCUCUGUUCCCUGUUUUGGAAUAUUUACUUUUCGAGCAAGGUCAACAAGAUGUCUGUUCCUUCCUUUGUCCCCCAUGAUGAUAAGGACUCAAAAUAUUUGCAGCUUUCGAGUCAUGACCGACAACAAGUUAUUUCAAAAGCUGGGGCAUAUCAAACGCCACCCGACGCCCAUGUUCGACGUGUAGGAGAUCUCAUCUCCAGUCCUAGGGUACCGUUACUACCUGUCUAG